AGUAUGUCCGCGGCCCUGCCCUCUGUGCGGUGUCUAAGGGUUCCGUCCCCAAGCAAGAAGAACAUGUUCUCUUCCCCGCCCUUUUCUCUUCUACAGUAUCUGUUACCUCAGUCAGAUUGAAGAUGCACAUAUGUGGGGAAGAUAAUCGACUUCCAGCCUCCUUCAUGUAAUCUCUUCCUGAUUUAGGAAUCUCUAACCCAGUACCGGAACGUUAAGCGGCUUCUCCGCUUUCCUGCCGUGAGAAACUCGAGGUGACAACCUCCGCUUCCGGUUGGUUCCGGUUGCAGAGUUGAGUGUCCUGAGAGGUCAGAUUGAAUUCAGGCAGAAGAACAGCAUCACUAAAAACAUGGCCCAUGGACAUGGACAUGAACAUGGACACCAUAAAAUGGAACUUCCAGAUUAUAGACAAUGGAAGAUAGAAGGGACACCAUUAGAAGAUAUCCAGAAGAAGCUGGCUGCAAAAGGGCUAAGGGAUCCAUGGGGCCGCAAUGAAGCUUGGAGAUACAUGGGCGGCUUUGCAAAGAGUGUUUCCUUUUUUGAUGUAUUCUUUAAAGGAUUCAAAUGGGGAUUUGCUGCAUUUGUGGUAGCUGUAGGAGCUGAAUAUUACCUGAAUUCCCUGAAUAAAGAUAAGAAGCAUCACUGAAGAUAAUACCUGGAAGUAUCAUAGUGGUUUCUUAACUCUCCAAAAUAAGAUUUCUUCACUAUAACCUACUCGUCUGGUUUGUCCCUUACAGAAUAUUAGUAAGAUUUAAUAAAGUAAAAUAAAAUAUAUAUAUGCCAA